CGCUCCGCCAGCACAGUGUAAUAUGAUUGAAUUGGAUUAGUCAACUGCUGGUAUUAUACCAGAAAACAUCGUUUUUUGAUAGGGGUUCGAUAGGCGAUUAUUGUGUGUGCGGCGGCGGUUUGUUCUCGCCCCAAAAGAGCCCAAAUUCUGCAAGCGCACUGAUUACGGUGCCGAUGAGUAGUAGUACUAGCACUGAGCCAUUCGCGUAGUUUAGUACACGGAGUGCACUGCAUAGCGGUAGUGUCGCGAAUAGGGUCGACCUCGAGGACCCCCAAUCUACACUCGGUUUUUAUGCUACACACCAAUCGCGCGCCCUCCCCCCCGCUGGUGACGAAAAUUGCGGAAUUUUCAACGAGUUCAGCAGUUCGCUUUUGUUUUUAAGAAUUAUUUUCCGACAAAUUGUGUGAAAUUGUUUCGUUCGAUUGCGAAGAAAGUGAAUAUCGAAUGUCCGAUCGGCAGAGGAGAUCGAAGCAAGCAGACGAAAAAUUCACCGCCACUCGGUGGUAACUAGAUCGUGUUGUUGUGAUCGAUGGUCAAGUGUUCUAGAGUGGCAGCUGCGAGUGACAACAAAUGAAGCGAAGCGGUGCGUGUGAUUUUAAUGGUUUUCAAAAAAAAAAUCGUCUAUCGGGUUCACUUCGUCUAUUCUUGGUUUUUUUUUUUUUGGUUUUCCUUUCGGUCUUCGAUAAAAAUUAAUUAAGACAGCACACAAACCGGGUGAGAUGAGCAGAAGCGAAGAAAAAUUAUUGCGACAAAACUCAAAAAUAGAUUUCUGCGUGGGACAUUUAGUUAGAAGUCGGCGAAGAAUCGUUGCGUGUUUUUUUGUGGGAAGUUUUAUGCGUUGUUUACAACUAAUGUGAAAUUAAUUUCUGACCUUCGAGACGCAAGAGUUGAUUGCGAUUGUUCUGAAUCCGAGUGGCAGAUCGGCUGAAAAAAAAAAGAUCAGGUGGAAGUGAUUUAAUGACCCCAAACAGUUAAAAGUCACAAAGUUAUCACAGGAGAAAAAAAAACAAAACAAAACCCACCACCCAAAAGUGCAAUUUUAUGGCAGAGCUGUCAAAAUGCAAUAAAAAGCCAAUUUAUCGACCACAAAGGGAAGUUGAAGCAAAACAAAACGCGUCAAAUGAACGGUGAAACAGUGCAGUUCCGAAGGCGAAGAAAGAAGCGAGAUGUCCGGUGAUCGAUAUCAGUGAAUGACCGACCGGUUGCUAGCGAAGAAGAAAAAGAAGAAGAAAAAUCAUUCAGUGAACGUGAGUUUGACUCAGUGAAGAAGAGCCUAGGCCCUAGAGGACCCCCUACUCGUAGGUGGCUGUGAAUACAUUUUUUUGAACUAACUGUCGAACGCAGUUGCCGCAGUGUCCUCCGUGAUUCCCUUAACAACGGCGACGACCACGACGACUACGACAACGGCUUCGUCGUCCAGUGCCACUGCUGGUGGCCGGCUGCUCGAAGGGGUUGGUGGUGGUAGGCCGCCACCGUCACCGCCAUCACCGGAACCCAGCCUCAGCCUGAACCAGCACCGAAUGCAGCCAACCGUACCGCAGAGCACGGGAGGUGGUGAUAUGGACCUCCCCACCGUACAAUCGAUGGAUUGGGUGUUCCAGAACAAGCAGCUCUACUUCCUAGCGCAGUAUCUAGCACAGCAAGCUGAAAAGAAGGAGAAACUAUCGACCACCGCCACCACAGCUGCCAGCAUGGAUGGGUCGCUGAGCGCAGCCACUACCACCACGGCGCCGGCCGCGACCACGACCAACGUUUCGUCUCCGCUGGCGUCAUCAACGAUUAUCGAGCAGAAUGGCGUUACGCCACCGUCCCCAUCGACGACCCCCCUUUCCGACGCUGGCAGUGUCAGUGGGAAGCUGAUGGAACCCGGCAGCAGUCCGGACAAACCCGGCACCUUCGAUGGUGGUGAUUCGCGGUUGGAUCUGCUAAAGGACGCCAAAUCAUUCAGCUUAAACAAUAACAGCAUCAGCAGUAACAACAACAACAACAACAACAACAAAAAUGACAGUUGUAGUGGAGGCAGCAGUAGUAACAGAGUCAGUCCUGCUCUGGAGAAGGACGGCGACAGCCGGUCCGGUGUAAAUAGUAACGACCAGCAGCCUAGCAGUAACGACAAAAGUAGUAACAAUGUGCAUAGUAACAGUAACAAUGACAGCAGCAACAGCAGUAGCAGCACCGAGGGAAAGGAAAGUGGUGAAUCGAAGGCGGCGACGGUGACAGAGUCGGCGGCGGAGAGCCGAACGACGAAAUCCCUGGCGGAGGAACUGUCGGCGAAAAAUAGAGAGAUAUCGGCACUGUUCGAGGAAGUGGCCCGCCUGCGGACGGCCAUUGCCAACAUCCAGGAGUCGCACAACCUGCAGAUCCAGCGGUUAGAGGACCGCCUGGAGGAAAAGCGACAGCACAUCGUGCGGUUAGAGUCCCGCAUCGAGAAGCAGCAGGACUUUGACGAUUUGAAGAAAGAGAACAACAUACUACGAUCGGUAGAUCUGAGUUCACCGCACGAUUCGAAGCAGUUCCAGGAGCUGCUACUCGAACGCACCAAAGCCCUGGCGGCCCAAACCGAAGCGAUCAAAUCGUCCAACUCCGAAGGAUCUCCAUCGAGCGGUCAGCCAAAGCCGGCUUCGUCGCCAGCGACGAGCAACUGCAGCACCGCUACGAUCGCCCCUCACGCUAGUAACGCUUGUAACGCUAAUAACGACCCGCCCAAUAGCACCAGCGAUAGCACUGCUAGCGCCACCACUGUCAACACUACUUGCAACAUCAACAACAGUCAAAAUGUCACCAACUGUAGUAGCACUAGUAGUAAUGAAACCAACACCGUUUGCGCUCCGAGUCGGCCGGCUUCGAGCCCGACUAUCGUGCCGCCGUCUCCUUUGGGCGCUACUUCCCUGACUCCGACUCUUGCCGGUGGCGAUAGUCUAGCUCAGCUCAACUCCUUCCUUUCGCCUGCAUUGGCAAACGUUGAACAGUUUGGUUCGUUUUUGGGUGAAGAAAUCGCCAGCACUUGGCGACGUGGUCUGGAACUGCCGCCGCCUCCGCCGGGACUGGCAGCGGCCGCCGCAGCAGCAGCAGCAGCCGCCGCAGCCGCUCGCAACCAUCCACAGCUACUAAUGAACCAUCAUCAUCAUCCUCCCACAGAUCUUACCCAGCACGAUCAAGAUAAAGCUAGCUCCCAUCAUGAUAACUCCUCCAGUGCUAGCACACCAAUCCUGCAGGAUACCUCCCGCCAUGAUGAACACAUGAACGGCGGAGGUUUCACCCCGAUGCGAAUGUCCAAGAGUCCACUCGAGGACAACAACAAUACCCUCGGACCGCUGUCACAUCCGGGACCUGGUCUGAUACAAGGUCUGCCCUUCCAAUUCCAAGAACGAGGACACUUCCGGUUCGCCGAAGACCUCCAACUGCCUCCGGGAUCGAUGGCAGGUCGCCUCGGCGAUUCGCUCAUUCCCAAGGGCGACCCCAUGGAAGCCAAACUGCAGGAAAUGCUACGCUACAACAUGGACAAGUACGCCAACCAGAACCUGGACACGCUGCACAUCUCGCGGCGAGUUCGCGAACUACUCUCCGUACACAACAUCGGCCAGCGGCUGUUUGCCAAGUACGUGCUCGGUCUAUCGCAGGGAACCGUAUCCGAACUGCUUUCGAAACCCAAGCCGUGGGAUAAACUCACCGAAAAGGGCCGAGACAGCUACCGAAAGAUGCACGCCUGGGCGUGUGACGAAAAUGCCGUCCUGCUGCUCAAGUCGCUGAUCCCGAAAAAAGGUGGUUCAGAACCCGGAAUGCCAUCGUUCGGACGACCCGAGGGCUCGGACAUGAACGACGACCGCAUCCAUCACAUCCUGACUGAGGCUCAAUCGAUGAUCAAGCGUGAUCCUCCGGGUCUGGUGAAUCCUCAGCACCCGUCCCAGCAGAUGCACCACCAGCAGCUCCAGCUCCAGCAGUCCCUGCUGGACGAUUCGCAGCACAGUGAUAAUGACUCGAAGUCACCGCACCACCGGGACGUCCAGUCGCCAUUCGCCAAAGAUUACCUUAACCGACGAGCCGGCUCGAGGAACAACGAGGACAUCCCGCAGGACAAGAUCGCCAAGAUCUACCAGGAGGAGUUCUCCAAGCUGAUGCGGAGUCCGAGGGAGUUUCCAAAUUUCCUCUUCCCUCACUUCCUCAGCGGUGGGAUGCCACCGAUGGAACGCCUCCAGGACGACAACAUACGCAUGGCCUUGGAAGCGUAUCACCGUGAACUGGCCAAGCUGCAGCAGAACGCCGGAAGCGGCAUGCCCGCCAUGCCAAACAUCUCCAAUCUACCGAAUUUUCUUGCCCUCCAUCAACAGCAGCAGCAGCAGCAGCAGCAACAAGCUCAGCAUCAUGCAGCCGCUGUUCAACAACAACAACAUCAACAACAACAGCAACAGCAUAACCAACAGGUCGGUCUCAACGGAUCCGUACAGGAUCUGUCGCUCCCCAAGGAGAAACAAUCGUCGACCAAGCUCAACGGCUCGCUGAUGGACCUGGAAUGCGAAAUCGACGCCGCCAACAAAGAAGUCGACGAUGCCAUGAAGCAUAGCGCCUUCAGCUUAGUAAAGCCGAAACCUGAACCAGGAACGUGUACUCCGACCACCACCGCUUCGUCCGCUCCGAGUCCCAUCAGCAACAGUAUCCUGCCUCCGGUGAUGCCAACGGAAGACAUGUCCGUCACCGUCAGCCCCCUGCAGCGGAUGGCCUCCAUCACAAAUUCCCUCAUCACGCAACCUCCGGUCACUCCACAUCACUCCUCUCAGCAACGACCACUCAAAGCCAUCCUCCCACCCAUCACCCAGCAGCAGUUCGAUCUCUACAACAAUCUCAACACCGAAGACAUCGUCCGACGUGUCAAGGAAUCCCUCUCGCAAUACUCCAUCAGUCAACGCCUCUUCGGCGAAUCCGUACUCGGUCUUUCGCAGGGCUCGGUCAGUGACCUCCUGGCUCGACCCAAGCCCUGGCACAUGUUGACCCAGAAAGGUCGCGAACCCUUCAUCCGCAUGAAGAUGUUCCUGGAGGACGAUAAUGCCGUUCACAAGCUAGUCGCCAGUCAGUACAAGAUCGCUCCGGAGAAGCUCAUGCGAACCGGCAACUACAGCGGCUCCCCUCAGAUCCCCGGAAUGAUGGUCAAACAGAUGCCUCCGUUGCCCAAAAUGCUAAGUGAUUCCAUUAACAAACUCCAACAAGAUCAGAAAACGCUCCUCCAGCUGCAGAUGUCCCAAAUGCAGCAGAUGCCACCGACAUCGCAAGCCCAACAACUCCAACAACACCAGCAGCAGAUCCAUCAACAGCAGAUGGCUGCAGCGGCGGCAGCCGCUCAGCACCAUGCCCAACAGGAAGCCGCAGCUCGACAUCAACAGCAACAGCAGCAACAACAACAACAACAACAGCAACAACAACAACAACAACAGCAGCAGCAACAUCAACCUCCCUCGAUACAGCCCUCCCCAAUCCCUCCACAACCUCAGCCCAUUUCCCAAUCCAACCAUCAACGACAGCAGCCAUCACCGCAAACGAUGCUACUAACACCUCCCGGCAUUCCACCGCAACAUGCCAUUCCUCUGCAGACGCCCGCACCGCACGGACUGGACAAGAAACAGAUCUUGCUCGGUAUCCAUUCACCCCAGCAGACGUCCACCCCCAGCCAACAACCGGGACCACCACCCAGCGUCAACUCCAUGCGAGGCGCCCUACAUCAGCACAUUUCGCCUACCGUCUACGAGAUGGCCGCACUGACCCAAGAUCUCGACACCCAAACCAUCACCACCAAGAUCAAAGAGGCUCUGCUGGCGAACAACAUCGGUCAGAAGAUUUUCGGCGAAGCCGUUCUCGGUCUCUCGCAAGGCUCGGUCUCCGAGCUGCUCUCCAAACCAAAGCCCUGGCACAUGCUCAGCAUCAAGGGUCGCGAGCCAUUCAUCCGGAUGCAGCUGUGGCUGAGCGACGCCAACAACGUCGAGCGGCUCCAGAUGUUGAAGAACGAACGCCGGGAAGCGAGCAAACGACGGCGAUCGACGGGUCCCGGCGCUCAGGACAACAGCUCCGACACCAGCAGCAACGACACCUCCGAGUUCUACCACUCCAACUCCCCCGGGCCGGGAUCAGUCGGCUCGGGAGCUGCACCGCCGAACAAGAAACAGCGGGUCCUCUUCUCCGAAGAACAGAAGGAAGCCCUGCGUCUAGCGUUUGCCCUCGAUCCCUACCCGAACGUACAAACGAUCGAAUUUCUGGCGACGGAACUCGGUCUCUCCACCCGAACCAUCACCAAUUGGUUCCACAACCAUCGAAUGCGGCUGAAACAGCAAGUCCCGCACGGGCAACCGAGCGAACCGAUUCCCUCGCGGGAGAACCAGUCCGGAGCACCAUUCGAUCCCGUUCAGUUCCGAGUGCUGCUGAGUCAACGAUUGAUGGAGAUCCAGAAGGAGCGCAUGGGGCUGAGUGGAGUCCCUCUUCCCUACCCGCCGUACUUUGCUGCCAACCCCAAUCUGGCGGCAUUGAUCGGACGAGGGUUCAUCCCCGGAGAUGUAGACUUGGCCGCACUAAACAAAGCCGUCAGCGAGCAGAUGAGUGGCCUGGAUCUGUCCAUGCCAUCGUCGGUGAAGCGCGAAGGUGAGGAGGAGUUCGACGAAGACGGCGAGAGCGGUCACAUGAGCGAUUCCGAAUCGAUGGACGGAGGAGCGAGGCGGGGUGGCGAUGGCGAGGAACAUUCGGUGGCCAGUUUGUCGUUGGCCCAAGCAAUGAGUGCAAUGUCUCGGAUAAGCCGACGGAAACCGGCGGCGCCGCAGUGGGUCAAUCCAGACUGGCAAGACGACAAGAAUCCGACCAUUCCAGGAGCCGGUGGUGAUGGAAAGAAAGAUGGAGACCUCCUGAACGGUGUUUGCAUGCUCCAGUCGGAUGGGGUUCCAUCGGUACAGCAGCGGUUUGUGGCAGCGAUGGCGGCGGCGGCGGCGGCCGUUGCAGCGGCUGCGUCCGGCGGCAGCGAUAACGAGCAGGACGAUGCCAAAUCGACGCAUUCGAAGCAGUCGGUGGAAGAGCAGCACCAAGGCGACGAUGACGACUGUCGGGAGGAGAAAGACGAAUCCGGCGUAAGCGGUGCGUCGACGGCCGGUGGGGAGGGGUCCGAGAAGGACAAGGAUCUGGUUCAGGUCAAAACGGAACUGAUGGAAGAGACCGAACGGUGGGAAUAUUGAAGAGGUUAUAAAUCGCAAAGCGAAGUAGGCGACGGCGGGCGAGCUGUCAAAAGUCAGUGCAAUCGAAAAUAGCUAAACAAGAAAACAAAAAAAAAAUACACACAAAUCAAUGUGAGAAAACAGGUCCGAUGUGAGGGACGAAAAUGUGAUUUAAAGAAAUAUGGGAAGAAUGUCUUGAUGAACUCUUCUGUUUUAUCUUUGUUAUACAAGUUUUUUUUUACGUCGUGAAAGGAUGCUCGUACUAUUUUCCUUCCUAAGGUAAGCUCUAAACUAUCUCUGACUGCGAUCCAACUUCCUCAGUUGUAAACAAAUGUUUGUAUUUUCAUUUCGGUUUACUUUGUCUUUACUUUUUUCUCUCAACUAUUUGUACAUAUUUUAUCUUGGAACGAGAAGAUAAGUUUUUCCUUCUUUUGAACUAUCAAUUUAAGAAGACUGUUGCAACAAGUUUUAAAUAAAAUAUCGAUGAAUAUAACGUGAAUGAAUUAGUAGAUUUUAAGCCGCUAGCGUAACUUUUAAGAGGGAUAAACACAUUUUUAUAUUAGGAUUACAGAGCAGAAUCGAACAAAUCCUUCUAUUUUUUCUGUUUUUUAGUUGUACACACAACCAUGAGGGAUGAGUUUUUUUCUCCAAAAUUGCAUUUACUUCUACCUUUUUCGAGUCUAAGCGCGAGAGUAGGUCAAACUUGAUAAAUUAAACGUACUUAUAGGUAAAUAAAGUUAGCGGUAAAUGUGUCUCCCCCCUCCCUGGAAGUAAAAUCCCCGUGUUUUCCCCCACCACCCGCGAAUAAAGCGUAACAAGAAUAAUAAUCAAAAUAUCCAGACUUAUGUGGGAAAUAAUCGUGAACGGAAAAUCAAAAUGUUAGAAAUCGAACAAGCGAACGGGAGUAGCUUAUGUAAAUAAUUCUAAACCCAUGGAGGAAUUCCCAUCUAAAUACACAGAAACACCCAAAAACACAUAUAUACAAAUUACACAAUCACAGACACACAGACACACAUAAGAGUAAUGGAAAAAGGCCAAAUAUUUAGCUGAUAGUGAUAAAAUCAUUAAAAGUAGCGAAAAUUUUAAGUUUUCUGUAAAUUUCCUUCUUCUACAAAGUUUUUAUUAAACUGUAGCGAUUAUUUAUUAGCAUGUCUCUUUUUUUUUAGCAGAAAAAAAAACAAACACGAAAAUUACAGGAUUUUAGAAACUCAAAACAAUACACGUACAUAUAAUUAUAUUGCAUUACAACAGCCGAUAAAAUGAUGAAAAACAAGUUUAAGAAAUACAUAAAGAAACGAUCUCAAAACCAACCAAAUAUAUUUAAAACAAAAAAAAAAAACAAGAAUGAAAGGAGAAGCAAACCAAUCUCUUACGGUGUUAAGAAAUGAAGAAAUCAAGUGUAUUUAACCAUGGAAAGUCAGUAAUCGAAUUUCUCUCCCGGAAACCUCGGCGUCGCACCACUGACUGGGGGGUGGCGCGCGGGGCGACGGUCGGUGUGGUGUAAAUCUUUUGUACAUAUAGUUUCCUCAGUUGAACGCAGAACAAGAUUUGUUUGAUCUAAAUCGAACGCCUCUUUGCUUGUUUUGGGGAAAAUCACGAACUCGAGAGCAAAGGCAAAACGCAUAUCCGAAUUUAAUGGAACAACAGAAUUAAACAAAAACAAAAAAAAAAGCAUGCCGAUAAGGUGUAGUAUUUAUUCAGAAUUUUAAACAAUGAAAUCAUAAGGGAAAUACAUUUUUUUUACAAUGUGUAAAAAGUAAUUUAAAAAAAAAAGCAUGAAAAGAGACAAAAGGAACCACAAUCCUUGCAAACCAUCAACCAGCAUAACCACGCAUAGAGUAAUCGAUUGACAUUUGCUGCAAAAUUGGGUUUCUUUGAAUUUCUUUUCUAAUUGCAUCGAAGCUGCGAUGCCGAUUUUCCUCAGUGUAGGACAGCUGUCAAAGAAAAGAAAAAAUGCUACACCGCACGGCUUCCUUUGAUUGAGGAAAAUCGCGAACGUUUGAAAGGUGGAAAUUAUGAUAAACAAAAAACAAUCAAAUUGUUUGAUUUAAAACAACAAAAAUAAACGGAAAUAGCUAGGAAUGUGAAUUUUAUACAAAAAAGUAAAACAAGGAAAGCAUAAAUUAUAGGAACGAGUAAGAAAUAUUCAAAAAACAUAGAAGGAACAUUGGAACAACCAGUAAUUUUAAAAACAGGAAAAUUGCAAUACGUAAAAACAAACUUCAUUCAAGUAAGCAAACAAAUAAAUACAACAACAAAAUUUCAUUUACAAAAAAAAAAAGUUCGACACAAUUUCAGAACAAACAAACAAAAAUCUGAAAAGAAAAUGCGCUGAUAGUUCAAAUGUUUAUUUCUUAAAACAAAAAGCUAGAAUUACGUUUCAUUCUCAAAGAAUCAUUUUACGAACAAAGUCGUUGCAAUUCGAAAAAUAAAAAGUAAAAUAUAAACGAGCAAACGGACUUUACGAAAGUCCCGGAACCUCUCCCUCAACAAAUAUAUUUGUAAUACAAAUUACAUUUUUAAGAAAGAGAACAGAUUGAAUUUGUUAACUUAUUGCUAUCGGUUAGUUUUCAGUUUUUAUUUUAUUGCUCCGUAACUAGCAUUAUUAUUGAAAGUAGAUCUUAAUUUUAAAACGCGUCCGCAUCGCGGGCCAACCUGUUUGCCCCAUGUUUUUUUUUUUACAAACAAAAUUUUAACCGCUAAAGGGAAACAGCUGUGUAGAUAAACGAAGAAAGAAAUAGUUGAUUCUUUUCAAUAUGAGAUAAUUGAAAAAAUACACACACACACACAAUCACAAACAGAAUCCGACGGAAAACAGGCAUUGUAAAUUUUAAGUGUCUAUAAGAAUGGAGAGGCGGUAAGGUUAUUCAUGAGAAUAAAACAAACAAAAAAUAUUAAAGGAAAAAUAUUUAAAAUGUGAAACAGUAUACAACAAAACUCUUUAGCUCUAGGCCAUGAGAGAGAGAGAGAGAGGGAGAAAUAAGGUGAACAGCAAAACUUUCCAGAACUUUGACGUACUCUUCUCGAACCAAGGGGAAAUGUUUAGAACUGCUAGAAAGGAAACGAACAAAACGUAAAAUAAAAAAAAAAUAAAAAAAUGGGAAAAAAAUAAUCAAGUGAAAAUAGUGGACGAAAUAAAGAAAUCUGUAAAUACUUAUUAUCAUAUCAUUAUAUUAUAUUAAUUAAUUAUAAUUAUUAUAUAUUAAAAUUAUUAUUACAAUUAUAAUGGUAAAAUUAUUACAUUGAAUGAAUAAAGUAAAACGGUAAUAAAACAAA